CAUUCUUCCCCUUUAAGUUCUUUUUUUACAUUCCUUUCCAUUGUGACACCUUGGUUUCUUAUUCACCUAGGUGUCAAUUGUUUGUUGGCAGUGCCGACGAAGCAAAUUAUUGGAUUGAAUCGGAUAGGAUAAGAGAAGAACAGUCUUAGCCACAUUGGCUACCCUCAACACAAUGUCGGAUCGUGAAGCUUCUACGCUAAACGUCCGCGAUGACGAGAAACUCGAAGACCUAGAAAGCGGCAUCAAGCCAUCCAGCCACAACACACGCCGGAGCUCAUCGGCAAGCACAGCGCAGGAAGAAGAAAGUCAAGGAAGCGGAAAUGCACCUGCUGCAGUUAGUACUACCGCCGCUGCUGCGACCACGGACGCUUCGGGCAACUCGCCUGCUGCAGGAGAUGGUGGCGCUCCAGCCACCAAAGCAGGAGAAUUUGAAGGGGGACGGACGAAAUUCCAAACCGCCGUAAUCGUAUUCGCACUAUGUUCAGCUCUCUUCCUCGCCGCCCUCGACGUCACAAUCUACACGACGGCUAUUCCAACCAUCACCGAGCAAUUCAAUUCCCCCGCGGGAUACACCUGGAUCGGCGCUGCGUAUCUACUCGCUAACUCCGCUACCGUGCCUUCCUGGGGAAAGUUUUCCGAUAUCUGGGGCCGUAAACCCGUGUUGCUAGCCUCAGUAGCUAUAUUUUGGAUUGGAUCGCUACUAUGUGCCGUGAGUGUCAGCAUCGGAAUGUUGAUCGCAGCCCGUGCGAUACAAGGAGUCGGAGGAGGCGGUAUUGUUGUGCUAACUAACAUCUGCGUUGGUGAUUUGUUCUCGCUACGCAAACGAGGCAUGUAUUACGCCUUCUUUGGUAUGGUUUGGGCUAUUGCGUCGGCAAUUGGCCCGAUUCUUGGUGGUGUCUUUACUUCCAAGGUCACCUGGCGUUGGUGCUUUUACGUGAACUUGCCUAUUAGCGGUGUCGGCUUCUUCAUCCUUCUGUUCGUCCUCAAGUUACACAACCCUCGCACACCCGUCGGAAAGGGCCUAGCCGCCAUCGAUUGGCUAGGUAGUCUAUUGAUCAUCGGUGGUACACUUAUGUUCCUGUUCGGACUUGAGUUUGGUGGCGUUACAUACCCUUGGAACUCGGCACCCACAAUAUGCCUGCUCGUAUUCGGUGUCGUUGCGAUUGCGCUCUUCAUCGCUGUUGAGAAAUGGUACGCCAGGUACCCAGUAAUUCCACUCCGAUUGUUCCAAUUCGGAAGGAACAUUUCGACUUUCGUCAUCUGCACGGUCCACGGUCUUGUCUUCAUAUCGGGAAGCUACUAUUUGCCGCUGUACUACCAGGCCGUACUCGGCGCUUCGUCUCUACUGUCUGGUGUGUAUCUACUCCCGUACGUCCUCGGACUCUCGUUCAUGUCAAUUUGCUCUGGUAUCUUCAUGAAGAAGACCGGUAAAUACCUGCCGCCCAUCAUUUUCGGUAUGACUUUCAUGACACUCGGAUUUGGCUUGUUUGUCGAUCUCAGCCCCAAAGCCAAUUGGGCCAAGAUAGUCAUAUUCCAAAUCAUCGCAGGAAUGGGUGUGGGACCUAAUUUCCAAUCGCCCCUCAUCGCAUUGCAAACAUCCGUCGAUCCCCGCGAUGUCGCAGCAGUAACUUCUACCUUCGGUUUCAUCCGACAACUUGCGACGGCGGUUUCCGUGGUUAUCGGAGGCGUAGUAUUCCAGAAUGGGAUGGAGAGACAGUAUCCGACUUUACUAGCCGAACUCGGUCCGGAACUCGCCAACCAACUUUCGGGCGGUAGCGCAGGUGGCAACGUCGGUCUUGUAGCUUCUCUUCAAGGACAGCAGGGCGAUAUAGCCCGAACGGCUUACUGGAACAGUUUGCGCGAUAUGUACAUCAUGUACACUGCCAUUUCCGGAGUAGGACUCCUCGUCAGUCCAUUCAUCACCCAAAGGACGCUGAGCCGAGAGCACCAAGAACACAAGACGGGACUUCAAAGUCUACAACGGAAUAACGAUGCGCAACAAUCCGCACCAGCCGCAAUCGCGAAUCCUUCAGAAAAGGAAUCUCGAUAGGAUAUACUUGUUUAGACGAAAAAUCUCACGUAGUUCAUGACAGCUCAGAGAAGCAUUUGGUGUAUAAAAGUGAGUUUAACGGGCAUUGGGGAAAUAAGGGUUGGAUUAUGUCAUAAACAUUAGACGGAUAUCCGGAUACUCUCGCAUUUACAUCGCUUAGGAUUUAUCAAUAAAUUUAAUGUAUUGUAUCUAUGAAGCUUACGUCCGAUGUUGCGCGAUCUUCGUAAAACGAGAUUUACGAUUGAUAAGGGACGAAGUUACCAUACUCUCGGGUCGUUUGUAUGCAUCUUCACGGCGUCCAACAGACUGAUACUUCGAUGAAGUUUCUCUCUUUAUUAAGUCUAGCGCCAACAACUAGACAGGGGCCGUUGUAACGCACCAAUCGAACUCGAUCCUAUCCAGAUCGAGGGCUUAGUGCAUGCUGCAUCUGCAGGUGGAUGCUUUGGUGAUGGCGUGAUGCGAGAGGCAUAUCGCGUGCUAACAUCGCAGUUCGAGCGAUCAGAAAUUGUACUACACGAAAACUACAACCUUUAAAUCUUGUUUAUGAGAUAUACACGGCAUGAUGAAUGUGUGCUAACCUACGAACAUGACGGUCAACAACUGGGAACACACUGCGCACGAAGCCGCGCGACGGGCUAUGGAUACGCUGCUAGUGAACUGGCAUCUAGGGCUGACGGCUUUCGGUGGUCCACCCGUUCAUUUUAAGAUUGUAUGCGGAUCUUCUUUCGCCUUUGGAAGUUCCUGACCA